AUGGACGAGCAGAUCUUGACUGGGAAGGGAGCAUUCACCCCCUCCAUUCUCACCCAACGUCUCCGCACACCCUCUGACUCAAGCACCGACGCAGCUUCCCAUAGCUUCUAUCUCGCUCUAUCCUCCAUACUCGCGCUUUCGGCGAUUUUGGUAUUGGUGUUCGCAUACCUAACCCCAACAUAUCCCUCUGAGCGCAGUCACGCGAAUGGAAGUGAGUGUGAGAGUAAAAAGGAACGAACGUGGUUGAGGAGGAUUGGGAGAGGCCGCGCAAUCCACACCAUAACAGCCGCAACGAUCCUCACCGCCUCAAUCGCGUACGCGAACCUCGCAUCCCUCACCACUCCCUCCCCGUCCUCGACUUCCACGUGGCGACCGAAUCACACAACGACCCGUUACACAGAUUGGUUCAUCACCACCCCGCUCCUCUUGUUGGAUUUAUUGCUACUAUCGGGGAUGACGGAUAUGGGUGUGAUGUUCCGGAUUGUUGCGGCCGAUGAGGUUAUGCUUCUCUCUGGACUGCUCGCUACGAAGGCUGGGGUUACGGAGCUUAAGUGGGGGUUGUAUGUUAUCGGAUGCGCGUGUUUGGUAUACGUUGUCACGAAGAUGUACGGCUCCGUCUCUCGAACACUCAGUUCGCCAACAGAUAUGGAAGUCCGUCGUAUCUUCGUCGGACUGGGCGGGUUCCUCGCCAUCAUCUGGGUGUUCUACCCCAUCAUUUGGGCCGUCGCAGAACUCGGCGUGGUCAGCACCGAAGAGAACGGUGGCUUGGGAAGGAACGAUGGCUUUUAUUACGGGGUUUUGGAUUUGUUGGCGAAGCCUGUGUUUGGGUUUUGGAUUUUGUUUGCGCAUCGGGGGAUUGGGUUGGAGAGGAUGAGAUUGAUGACUGCGGAGGAGGGACCGGAGGAUGAGAAGAAGGAGAAGAGGGAGGGUGUCUUGACGGUGAAUGAGGUCAAGGAAGUUUGA